GCUACAUUUUACAUAAGCCACACACACACACACACACACAAUUGAGUAACUUGACUAGGCAUACCUAUGUGUUUUUUUUACUUUGUUGCUGACUGCAUUGUGCAAAGUGAAAGCAGUGGGCACAUAUAAUACAGGAAACAUCUUCAUACACUCUGGCGGUCAUGUGUCUCUGAAUACUUGUCACUCCAAAGUUACUUCAACUUUGACAACAUGGAUGUCCCAAAUAGAAGAAUUGUCAUCUUGGGAAAAACUGGAGCUGGAAAAAGCAGCCUGGCUAACACCAUAUUUGGAGAGAAAAAGUUCAAGAUUGAUGAUUCUCUCAACUCUGGAACAAGUGAAUGUAAAGCAGAAACCAAAUCUAUCAAUGGAAGAAGCAUCACUUUGAUCGACACGCCUGGUUUCUUUGACACUGAUAAAUCUGAGGAGGAGCUGAACUGUGAGAUAGUGAGCUGUAUCACAAAGUGUGCUCCUGGUCCUCAUGCUUUUCUCAUUUUGCUAAAAAUAGAGAAAGCCACAGAGCAGGAGAAGGCUGUAGUGAAACAGAUAUGCCAAUGCUUUUCUGAUGAAGCUUUCAAGUAUGCAACAGUUAUCUUUACUCAUGGUGACCAGCUCCCUAAAGGACAGAAAAUUGAGAAAUAUGUCCAGAACAAUAAGUUCAUGAGGGAUCUGGUGAAGAAAUGUGGCGGCCGUUGCCACGUCAUUGAUAAUAAAUACUGGAAUGAAAACCCAAAGGAUGAAUAUAGGAGCAACCAGUUCCAGGUGGAGGAGAUACUUAAGUCAAUUGACAAGAUGGUGAUGGAAAACAAUGGGAGCUGCUACACCAAUGACAUGCUACAAGCAGUGGAGGAAGAAAUACAACAAGAGGGGGAUCAGAUUAGACUGUUAUCAGGAGACAAGUCAGAGAAAGAGAUCAGAAUGCUGGCUGAGGUCAGAGUAUCCACAAAGCUUUCAGUCAGGUUAGCAGGCAUAGGAACAGGUGCAUUGUUAGGAGCUUUAUGUGGUGUAGGAGUGUUGGUUGGAUUAGUGGUCAUAGUUGUAAAGAACAUAACACCAAUUCAAGCUGUAACCCAAGCGAUGGCAAAAUUAUUUGGAGAAAAAGGAAAAGCAGUAGCAGCAGCAACAGCAGCGGUAGGAGAUAGAGCAGCAGUAGCAGGUGGAGUAGCAGUAGCAGUAGGAGCAGUACAAGCAGGAGAAACAGCAGCAGUAGCAGGUGGAGUAGCAGCAGGAGAAACAGCAGCAGUAGCAGGUGGAGCAGCAAUAGGGGGAAUAGCAGCAGUAGCUGUGAUAGGUACAUCUGCUACAGUGGGAGCAGUUAUGGGAGGUUUUGCAGGAUAUCAUGCAGCUGAGGGAGCAGACACCUCACUGGAAGCAGUAAGAAGGUCAGCAGGUGCUGUCAAGAAUGGAGCCCUGUCUGUCUUAGAUAAAGCAAAUGAUUUUAUGGAGAAAAAGUUUCAGUCAAAACAGAGUUAAAGGUGUAGUAAUAUUUAGGAGGAACUAUUGACAGAAAUGCUAUAUAAUAUCCAUAACAAUGUUAGACCUUACAUAAUGAACCAUUAUGUUUUUGUUACCUUAGAAUACACCACGGGUCCUCUUAUAUUGCCAUGUUGCGCUACCAUGUUUCUACAGUAACCAAAAUGGACAAACUACUUUACAGAGUGUGUUUCGUCACUAUGUUGAAUAAAUACAAAAAAAAAUCAGAAGCAGUAUUAGUAGUAGUUGACUGGUUUAUUGGAAGUAUGACGAGACAAGCAGAGGACCACACGUAACCACACGCAAGUUAAAGGAGACCUAUUGUACUGCAUUUCCAGUCCUUUAUUGUUGCUCUUUGACUCCUGUAUGGCAGCUUUCCAUGAUUCAAAGUUCAAAAAAAGCAUUUUCUAUAUUAUACUGGCACUCAGGCCUUUAUUUCAGCAUCUGUCUGAAACAAGCUGUAGAUGCUCCUGUCUCUUUAAGCCCUAAUGGGGCUUUCACACCUAAAAGAUUUGCAGUUCCCAUGUGCAGAUGGACUGCUUGCUGUCUUGUCCUCCUUUCCUGCUGGCAAUUAUAUAAUGUUUGCAUAACGAGGUUGUUUAUGUGGCAAAUUUGAACUAACCUCGAGAAUAGUUGGUGCAGCAAGUAGUAAUGCCAUAAUAAUAACAAUAUAGUUGAUAUAUAGUAAUGAUAUUAAAUACUCAUCCCUCAUUCAUUCAUUCUUGUACCAGCUGAACUGUUUACAAACCAGUCAAGUAUAGGGAGAUGCAGCCCACAUAAAUGAUGACAACAGGACGCAGGUCUGUCCUAUAGUCCUAAAGUCUUUUAGUGCGGUAGCAUAAUUGCAGUUUGAAACCAAACCAAAACUAACUGAAUGUAUCAAAAUGUAACAAAACAUGAACUUUGGUUUGAACCUUGGUGCACUGAACCUUUAAACCCUUUAACUCCGAGAACAGUUCCUCUUAAAACACCUCUAACCUCUAACAUGCACUUCCUGUGCUCUUCUUCUUCUGUCCCCUUACAAUUAGCUUGUAUUGAUUGCACUUUUUGUUAAAUUAUACUUCUUCCCAAGGUAUUUACCCCAUUGACGCGAUAUGUC